AUGAAGAUGGCGCUAAAAGCUAAGAAGGAAGUCCCUGCCCCUCUCAAAGCCGAAGCCAAAGCAAAGGCUUUGAAGGCCAAGAAAGCGGUGCUGAAAGGCGUCCACAGUCACAAAAAAAAGAAGAUCCGCACAUCACCUACAUUCCGACGCCCCAAGACUCUGUGUCUCCGAAGGCAGCCCAAAUACCCUCGAAAGAGCGCCCCCAGGAGAAACAAGCUUGAUCACUAUGCCAUCAUCAAGUUCCUCCUGACUACUGAGUCAGCCAUGAAGAAAAUAGAAGACAACAACACACUUGUGUUCAUUGUGGAUGUCAAGGCCAACAAGCACCAUUUCAAACAGGCUGUGAAGAAGCUCUAUGACAUUGAUGUAGCCAAGGUCAACAACUUAAUCAGGCCUGAUGGAGAGAAGAAGGCAUACAUUCGGCUGGCCCCUGACUAUGAUGCUUUGGAUGUUGCCAACAAAAUUGGGAUCAUCUAAACUGAGUCUAGCUGGCUAAAUCUAA